CGCUUGCUUCCCCAAGAUGGCGGCCGCUAAAGAUGCUUGUGGCUCAGGAGAAGUGGUUGCAGGAAACGGUCGGCGGUACCACCUAGGGAUUCCUGAAGCCGUGUUUGUGGAAGAUGUAGAUUCCUUCAUGAAACAGCCUGGGAAUGAGACAGCAGAUGUAGUCCUAAAGAAGCUGGAUGAACAGUACCAGAAGUAUAAGUUUAUGGAACUCAACCUCGCUCAAAAGAAAAGGAGACUCAAAGGUCAGAUUCCUGAAAUUAAGCAGACUUUAGAAAUUCUAAAAUACAUGCAGAAGAAAAAAGAAUCCUCCAGUUCACUGGAGACCAGGUUCUUACUGGCAGAUAACCUGUACUGCAAAGCUUCCGUUCCUCCUACUGAUAAAGUGUGUCUGUGGUUGGGGGCUAAUGUAAUGCUUGAAUAUGAUAUUGAUGAAGCUCAGGCAUUGUUGGAAAAGAAUUUAUCGACUGCCACAAAGAAUCUUGAUUCUCUUGAGGAAGACCUUGACUUUCUUCGAGAUCAAUUUACUACUACAGAAGUCAAUAUGGCCAGGGUUUAUAACUGGGAUGUAAAAAGAAGAAACAAAGAUGAGUCCACCAAGAACAAAGCAUAAUGCUGGCAAUGAAAAAUGGGGUUCAGUUUUCCAAACAUGUUACUUUAAAUACCCCAAAGUUUGUCCUUAAAGCUUGAUUUGAUUUUUAACAGUAGGAAUGAUCAUUAAAACUUUCAAAAAAGGUAACCACCAUUUUAUUUAUUUAUAAAAACAAAAUUAGUUUCAAAUAUUUUAUGGAAUCAACAGUAUUUUUAUUUUUAUUUUUUUGCAUUUCCAACAAAAUAAAUGCUUCCAUCAUUUUGUUUGUUUGUCAUAAGAAAAAUCUUAGCUGAAAACUGAGCUAUGCUAUGAAAGCUGAAUUCUGCAUAGUUUAGCACAGUUUGUUUUUUAUUCGAUGUAUUUAAACCAGUUUAGAAGUAGGAAAAAUAGUUUGAAUAUUUGCAAAAUUAUUUUUCUUUAGUAUAUGUGUGGCUUUGUGUUCCUCUCUUGCUAUUAUUUGUCUUACAUAAUUGGAGUUUCAUGAAUUACUGAUUAGCCGGUAACAUCUAUUAUAAUAUCCUGUACUUUUCAGGAAAUGGUAAUUUGCCUUCCUAAACAGUAAGAGAGCUAUGGAGACAACAUUGUUUUCUUACCUUAUAUAAGUGCUCAGUGUCUUUGCAAUGCCAACAUAAGGGAGAUUUCAGCCAACAUGAAAUAACAAAAUUACCCACUUAACUCUUGGCUAAGGCAAUUUUGUAUUUAACAGUUCUCCAAAGCAGCUGAACAGGAAUAUUAAGAUAAAUACAAGUCUGCAACGGUUGAAAAGAUUUGUGAGCUUUUUUUAUUUAUGAUAAAGCCUCAUAGAAAUAAUAGAAAAUCCCCAUGGAAAGGUAUUUAUACAGUGGCUAGUAGUGGGUGUUCCAGAAUCUGGUAAAACCACAAAUGUAUUAUUCCAUCUCCAUGUAGUAAAAAGUAUACUUGUACAAUGUUUUGUACUUGUAUUUCAUGAUAUUAAAAAAGUGAAGUUAAAACUGUGGCAUGGCACCUUUUUUCUUGUUAUUCUUCCUGAAGUUAACGUGGGUCUUUUCACCUAUUUGUAAAGUUAAUUUACUUGUACGUAUAACUAGCAUGUCCUGAGAACUUCUUAUGUGUGUAGAAAAAACGUAAAAU